AUGUACUCUUGCGACAUCCUACCAUUACCAGGAAAGCAAUGUCGUUAUCCAAAAAGUCUGAAUCUUCUUAAUUUGGAUCAUUAUUCCAAUUAAGAUGCACAAAGUUCAAGCAGAAUUAGAAAACCCGCAGGCAAGUUCAAGCUAUUGAGUCUGCACAAUCUAAAGAAGGACGAGGGCAAAAACUUUUAUCAUCAUACAUCCAUCUACAAUUUAAGGGAAUACAAUAAUCUAACUAAAUCUCCUGUCUUUUUCAUGAGUGACAAUACGAAGUAGGUGAAUGAAAUGCAAACAAAAGUGCUCUUGACUGACUUUCAAAGAAAAGUGGCAUCUUAUUUGAAGAAGAUUCCAAAACCCAAGAAUAAUCAACAAUAUUACUCUGACAUCAAACCACUAGGAUAUAAAAAGGAAUACGAGACAUAAUAAACCAUUCUACAUACCUAGCAAGAAGAAAUGCUGAAUCGGUCAUUAUGCUUGAAUAAAUACAAUUACAGACCAGAAUUGUCUGAUGUUGGUAUCGAAGUUAUGUUGAUGGACAGCACUAAAUCCUUAACCAAGCAAGUCAUUCCCAAUGAAAGAAUACAAAACCGUUUACUCAAAUUUAUGGAAAGGUACCUCAAUGAUGACCAUAUCGAUUAUGACUUAAAGUUGUAGAAGAUGACACAAUAAUAUCGUGAAAUUGUUAAAAAGAUCAAAACCAAGGCUUUCAAAAUCAUAGUGCCUGAUCAUUAUUAAGUCUAAAUGAGUGAUUUUAAUGAUUACUAUCAAGUGAACGAGAACAAGUAAAGAGAAUACUUAGAAUAAUAAUUCGAUUCACUAGCUGAUCAGAUUAUCCAAUCUAUCCAAUAAAGUUCACAAUCCUUAUCUUCUUAGAGAGAUUCCUAGUAGGAACUGAAUCAAUUAGAACAAGAGAUUGCUACUCCCAAGCAUCACAAUUAGGAGAUUUAAUAAGAAUAACAAAAUUAAAUUGCGAAUGAGGAAGACGAAGAUAGAGUGGAAGGCAUGAAGGAAUCAAAGAGAACUGGGAAACAAAAGGAUCCUAAGAAAAUAACGAAGAAGCAAUCCAUAAGAGCUUAAAGACCCUCAACUCUUCAGAGAUAAGAAUCAGAUGUUAUUUAAUAAUUAACUGAACUGAGCAAUAUAACUCAAUAAAGGGAAUAGAGACAACCCACAGUUUAAUAGAUUGAAACAAUUCAUGAGGAGGAAUUAAAAUAGACGAUCCAAGAGAUUACAGAGGAAUUGAAGAAACCACACAAGAAACACAUGACCAAAGCUCAAAGGGAUGAGUAGAAGAAGAGAAAGAAGGAGAUUUAGCGAUUACAUGAAGAUAUUGAAAGAAUCAAAAAAGAAAAGGGAGGAGAUUUUGAGUAUGAGAAAACAGAUUCAGAUAGCGAAGAUAGAUUUAGAAGAAAGAAAUUAUAAAACUAAUUUGAUGAUAUGUUUAAACCAAGAUAACUCUCUCGAAGAUAAUCGCAUUAGUUUGAUGAAAAUGAAGGCGAAGAUCUCGAUUAUGCUAGUGAACAAGAGAUUGAAGACAGAACCAAAAUUCAAAGGGUUGAGUAAAUCAUAUAAUAAAAGAGAGAUCCUAAUUAUCAAUAUAAUCCAUAGGAAUUUUGGUAAUAAGAAGUUAAAAUCAAUGUUAAGAAACCGCAAGUUUCAAGCAUUGCUUCCCAAUAGAGAUAACAAGAAAUGUUCUACUAAUUCUAAAGAGAAAAGCUCGAACAGCAAAUGCAAAUGAUUAACUAGAAAUAUUCACAAUCCCCAACCGAUCCUCCUUAAUAACAAUAAGCCAAUCCUCUCUAAUAUUAAAUGUCACAUGGUUAAUAAACAUAAUAAUAAAUAAAAAAUGAUUAAUAAUAGGUUCCCUCCUAAACUAAAGGCUCUCCAUAAUAAUAACAUAUGGCUACUCCCCACUAUGAUGAAAGAAAGAAACAAAACAGUCAUUACAGUGUCCAAAAGUCCUUCAAAACUCCACAAUCUAUCCCUUCUCAAUAAAAUAAUUAAGAUUCAUUACAUGGCAUACAGGAUCACUCAUUCACUAUUGAUAAUAGAUAAAAUUCUCUAGCUCAACUGGCAUAAUAAAAUUAAGAUGUUCGCAAUAACAAUCCAUAAACUACAUAAAACCCAUAAGUUUCAUAAAAUGCAUAGAUUAACCAAAAUGAAAAUUAAUCACAAAACAAAAAUCAAUAACACAGUGGAUAAAAUGAUCAAAAGUAAAAGCAAUAAGGUUCCAACACUAAGAAACAGGAAAUACCAAGUUCAGAUAAUAGAGGUAGAACCAUUCCAUCAGUGAGAAACAUUGAAUAAGAAGAGGGAACAUAGAUUUCUAAAUAAAUUGAAGACAGGUUAUAAUAGGUUUAAUCUACCUUGAAUAAGGCAAAGUUGGGGAUGUAUGAGAAAAUGAUGGCAGCACAAUCAGUUUAUGAUGUCGACAUUCAUGAGUAUAAAUUGGCUGAUUUUCCAUUGAGUUCAACGGUGUUUCCAAAACUAAAUGGGGAGGAUGAAAAAUAGAUCUUUUAAUAUUUGUACGCAUGGCAGAAGGAAGUCUAUAAGAUAAUUCCGAUGUUAAAUUAAGUCAAUCGAAAUCUUAUUGUAUAUAAAUUGUUAAUAUAGAUUCGUGAUGAAGACGAGGGAGCAGCGUCCCAAUUAGUUAGUAGUAGUGAUGAGGAUGAUAGAUGA